GCCCGCGGAGCCUCUGGCUGCCCCUCACAAGCCUCUCCCGCCCAUCUCCCUCCAGCACGAUGGCUUCGGCACUGAGCUAUGUCUUCAAGUUCAAGUCCUUCGUGAUCUUGUUCCUCACCCCAAUACUGCUGCUGCCACUCAUCAUUCUGAUACCCGCCAAGUUUGUCAGGUGUGCCUACGUCAUCAUCCUCAUGGCCAUUUACUGGUGCACAGAAGUCAUCCCUCUGGCGGUCACCGCCCUCAUGCCUGUCCUGCUUUUCCCACUCCUCAAGAUUCUGGACUCCAAGCAGGUGUGUAUGCAGUACAUGAAGGACACUAAUAUGCUGUUCCUGGGUGGCCUCAUCAUGGCUGUGGCUGUGGAGCGCUGGAACCUGCACAAGAGGAUCGCCCUACGCACUCUCCUCUGGGUGGGGACCAAGCCUGCACAGCUGAUGCUGGGCUUCAUGGUCAUCACGGCCUUUCUCUCCAUGUGGAUCAGCAACACAGCCACCACAGCCAUGAUGGUGCCCAUCGUGGAGGCUGUGCUGCAGCAGAUGGAAGCCACGGGCGCCACCGCCGAGGCCAACCUGGGCUCCCUGGAGCUGGUGGACAAGGGCAAGACCUGUGAGCUGCCAGGGAGCCAAGCGCUGUCUGAAGGCCCUGUGAUGGGGCCACGGGAGAACCGUGGCAGGAAGAGCAUAUGCAAGGCCAUGAACCUGUGCGUGUGCUACGCGGCCAGCAUCGGAGGCACUGCCACCCUGACUGGGACAGGACCCAACGUGGUGCUCCUGGGCCAGAUGCAUGAGUUGUUUCCUGGCAGCAAAGACACUGUGAACUUCGCCUCUUGGUUUGGAUUUGCCUUCCCCAACAUGCUGAUCAUGCUGGUGCUCACCUGGUUGUGGCUUCAGUAUUUCUAUAUGGGAUUCAAUUUUAAGUCCUGGGGCUGUGGACUGGAGAGAAGGAAUAAGGAAAAGGCUGCCCACGAGGUGCUGAGUGAGGAGUACAGGAACCUGGGGCCCAUCUCCUUCGCUGAGGUCAACGUCCUAUUCUGCUUCUUCCUGCUGAUCAGCCUGUGGUUCUCCCGGGAUCCCGGCUUCAUGCCUGGCUGGCUGUCAGCCGCCUGGACGGAGGGCGAGACAAAGUAUGCCUCCGACACCACGGUGGCCAUCUUGGUGGCCAUGUUGCUCUUUAUUCUGCCUUCACAGAAGCCUAAGUUCAACUUCUGCAGUCAGACUGAGGAAGAAAGGAAAGCUCAGUUUUAUCCCCCUGCACUGCUGGAUUGGAAGGUGACCCAGGAGAAAGUUCCCUGGGGCAUCGUGCUGCUGCUGGGGGGCGGAUUUGCUCUGGCUAAAGGAUGUGAGGUCUCAGGGCUGUCUGAGUGGAUGGGGAAGCAGAUGGAGCCCUUGCACACUGUGCCCCCGGCAGCCAUCACCUUGAUCUCAUCCUUGGUCAUUGCUGUAUGCACUGAAUGCACAAGCAACGUGGCUACCACCACCCUGUUCCUGCCCAUCUUUGCCUCCAUGUCACGCAUCAUCGGCCUCAACCCGCUGUACGUCAUGCUCCCCUGCACCCUGAGUUCGUCCUUUGCCUUCAUGCUGCCCGUGGCCACCCCGCCUAACGCCAUCGUGUUUGCCUACGGACACCUCAAUGUUUCUGACAUGGUGAAAACAGGACUAAUGAUGAACAUAAUUGGAGUCUUCUCUGUAUUUCUGGCGGUGAACACCUGGGGACGGGUCAUAUUUGACCUGGAUCAUUUCCCUGACUGGGCUAAUGUGACACAUAUCAAGACUUAGGAAGAGCCACAAGACCAUAACACAGGCCCUGCCCUCCUGAGGACUCCUGAACCUUCCAGCAUGCCUUCCAGCUGAGCUUUGGGUUUCACACCCCAAAGAUGCCGUGAUGCCUACACCCCACAGGGUCAUAGCCAGGGUGGGGUGGCUGGAGGGCAGGUUCAGACGUGAAGGGAGCCCCCCAAGAGGCAGCCGGCACCCGUCUUUCCCGGGGGCCUGCCGUCAUCUCUGGGACAGGCAGGCUGCACAGGGACUAGGACACCGGCUCCUGCCCCAGCUCAGCCUUGUGCUGGCCUCACGCUGGGCUCUGAUGUCCACUUGCUUGGUCCCAGGGUCCUCUAAAUGGGAAUCAGAUCCCAGCUUGGGAGGUGAAAACACUACCUUCCAGAGUCCAUGCCUCUUGCUGCUGACUUUGGGCUGCCUCAGGUCACUCCUGUCACUUGGAAGGGACAACCCAGCCCAGGGACAGAAUGUCUGGUCCUGGGAAGCUUCCUGCUGCUGGAGUGAGAGUGGGAAGCAGAGCCUCCUGGAACCACAAGUGUAAUGCCACCAGCAAAGGACGAGGAAUUUGAGUUGACUUCCAGACGACGUCACCUAUGGUACGCCAUUGGCGAACCAGCUCCCCUCCGUUCCUCACUCCAUCUUACCUGACAAAUGGACCCCUUCCCCAGCUUCCCACUGCACCGCCUUCAACUCCUGUGCCCCUUGCUUUCUGGGCCCACAUUCACUGGGCUGGGGCCCUCCUGCACCCCCUUUUCUUCCAGGCAGGUCAGCUUGGCUCUUCUGGGAGAUGCUCUUCCUGCCACCCACACAGCUGGGAUCACACUCCAAGUAUGGGCAAUGAUGGCGCCUUUGGGGUCACAGUCAGCGUCUAGGUCCUCCCUUGCCUGCAGGCCCAGAGUGGAUGCAGCUGUUAAUUGCCAAGAGCAGGGUCCCUUCAGAGUUGGUCUGUCCUGCCAGGGUCUGAGCACCCCCCGGGGGGGGGGCUUGAUUUUGCUGACUGGCCUUUGCGGCCAUGCCUGGUAGUGACAGAGCAUCAUGGAGAAUGAGCACUACUUGGUGGUCCCUGAGCAGACGGCCCCUGCCCAUGAGUGGACCUACCGGAGGUUGCUGGAGCAAAGACCCCGAAUGGCUGUGGGAACCCUCAGAACCCCUAUGAUGGAGACGUGAGUGACACCCACCCUCUUUCCCAGCAACCCCAUUUUCUUUCCUUCUGCCGCUGCUCUGGAAGGGAGGCAGAGGCAGACACAUGAGGUCCAACAAUGGCCCUUUUCAGGGCAGGAGAAAGUAUGGGAACCCAAGGAAACCCCCUCAGGGACUGAGUGUGUACCUGGUUCCUUGGGUGGGAAAGUUCUUGACCACCCCAUCUGCCCCCCAGGGGAAGGUACGCUGUGCUGUCUCUGGUGCUUUGCUGUGUGUGGGUGGUGGGGCAGGCAGAUGCAUGGACAGCCGCUGCCCACCUCCUGUGUGCCAGGCCUCCCUGUGGCUGGUGCAUCCACCACUUUGCUCGUUUGACAUUCGCAGCAGCCCUAUGGCACAAGCAGGUAUUAUUAUCUGUGUUUGUCUUCCAAGAAUGCUGGGCUCAGAGAAACAAGCAAGCCAUGUGUCCCAUCACACAUCGAGGUAGUGGCACUUGGAUCUUCAGCCUCCAUGUCCACUGCUCCUUCCUCUAGUCAUUGAGGGUCUUGGCCUUACAAGGCCUGCAGGGAAAAGUGGGCAGCCAAGAGCAAGUCUACCCCAAGGCCCUGCUUGCUCAGGGAAGAUCAUGGAACAAGAGCCCUUUCUGCCACUGCCUCUUAAGACGGGCUCAGGACAGUGUUGGGACAGACAGGGCUGAGCGUUGCCUGAAGAAGCAAAGCAUUUGUUUGGAGAGAGAAGCAUGGAAGUGGCUACCUGCUACCGCACUGGGCUGAAACUGAUCCACCCCCCAGUAUUGCUCUCUGUGCCACUGCUGUGGGCUUGUCUGCCAGCCCGUCUGUGGGCUCCUGGAGGACUUACCCUGCCCACUGGGUCCAGUGCCAGCACUGUGACAGACUCCGAGCAGGCCACCGUAAGUGUGAUUGGUAAAUAAACAAGUGAUCAGAGUGGUCAGUGAGAUGCAUGCCUUAUGGUAGUGGGCAAGGUCCAUGAAGGCCGUCCAAGGUGGGCACUGAAAGAUGAGUAGGACUGGCCAGGCUGAUGAGGGGGGUUGUGGUGAGGUGGGUGGAGGACUCUACCAGAUUCCACCUGCCUGAGGGUUGACAAGAAAGCUGGGUGGGGGCCUGAGGAAGCUGAUCAAAGGCUACUUCUAUAUGGCAUUUCUUGAAGUUGGCUGGAGUUGCUAACAGUUUUAGCCAGUGCCAAUCAGGAUUGCUUUGGGCUAUGAGCAAGAGA